AUGAAUGUGUACGAUGAGGUUUUUGAUGCUACAAAGGUCUCGCAUGCAAUUCUGGGCCGAUUCACGUCAGAAAAGGUCGAUCAAUUGAUAAUUGCCAGAACUAACGUACUCUCAGUCUUCAAGACUGUUCAUGAGAAACUAGUGCUUUGCAAUGAGUUCAAGUUGCAUGGACACAUUACAGGCAUAGCUGUGGUACCACAAUUGCAAAGUCGUUUGCAGUGUUUAAUUAUUAGCACGGGAAGGGCAAAACUUUCUUUAGUACGAUUCGACCCUUCGAAACCAAUGCAACUCGAAACGCUUAGUCUACACUACUAUGAAUCCGAAUUUACCAAAAAGAGUAUGCUGGAACUCGCAGAGCAGUCAAAAAUACGGAUUGAUACCGAGAGUCGCAGUGUCUUCUUGUGCAACAACGAUGUUAUAGCGAUUUUACCUUUGAAAGUCAACGAAGACGAAGAUGAGGAUCCUAAUGAGGGGUCUCAACCACAGACGAAGAAGCAAAAACUAUCAAAUGAAGCGUCUUCCAAACCAAUUGCGGGGCAGAGUACCAUCAUGAACGUUUCUGAAAUCAGCACACAGAUGAAGAACGUAGUGGAUGUUCAGUUUUUGAACUCGUUCAAUAAGCCCACCAUAGCGGUGCUAUAUCAACCACGACUUGCUUGGAGUGGUAACGAAAAAGUUUUAUCGAAGGCUUCUAUGCGGCUUAUGGCCAUUACAUUGAAUGACAAGAAGCACACUACUAUCUAUCAUGUUAAACAAAUUCCACACGAUAUUCACACUAUUAUUCCGCUCAGCAAUUCAUGCGUACUGAUGGGAGUCAAUGAAGUUAUUAGCGUAGAUAAUACAGGCGCACUUCAAUCGACCAUUCAACUCAAUUCUUUUGCAUACAAGCUAACGGGCUCUAAGCAGGUAGAUCAAACGUCUUUGGAGGUAAUGUUCAAUGAACCUGUCGUAUGGACCGCCGCAAUGGUGAGUAAAGAUACAGAAAUCUUGAUAUUGAUGGAUCAUAAAGCUGACAUGUACUCAAUAACUUUACAAUCGGAAGGAAGGUUGCUGAUGGAUUUUUCCUUAGUAAAACUACCGAUUACAAAUGAUAUUUUCAAGUCUCAUCACUUGCCAACUUGCAUCACUGCCUUGACCGGUGGCCUAAGCCUAAAAACAUGCCAGCUUUUUAUUGGAUUUUCAUCUGGUGAUGCUCUAAUUGUCAAGUUUAGUAACCUGCGCUCGGCAUUUGAAUCAAGAGAGACACGCGAAAUUGAGCUACAGCCAGAUGAAGAUGAAGAUUACGCUUCUCUAUAUGGCGACGAUGAAGGCUCGGCAAGAGUCUCAACCGAUAACAAGGUUUUAGUUGAAACAGUUCUUCCAUUUGAAAUAGAAAUUUUGGAUCGACUUAUCAAUGUUGGGCCUAUUACAAGUAUGGCGGUAGGCAAGGCAUCGUCAAUCGAAAAUACAGUCGAAGGCCUGUCUAAUCCCAACAGAAACGAACUUGCCAUAGUCAGCACAUCUGGCAACGGAAAUGCUGCUUUUCUAAACAUAAUGGAGCAAAGCGUCCGUCCGUUGGUUGAGCAAGCCUUAAAGUUCACGUCUGUGACAAAAAUUUGGAAUCUCAAAAUAAGAAAGAAGGACAAGUACUUAGUCACAACCGAUUCAGGUGCUGACAAAAGUGAUCUCUUUGAGAUUGGACAAAAAAUCACUUCCAUCAAGCCAAAGCACUUCAUGAGAAACGUUACAACAGUCGAAAUCGCCGUGAUAGGAGGCGGUAAAAGGAUUGUUCAUGUUACCACGAAAGCCGUUUACCUAUUUAACUUAGGGUUUAAAAAAUUGAUGACCAUCAGCUUCGAUUUCGAAGUUGUUCAUGUUUCUAUAAGGGAUCCAUUCAUACUUCUCACUAAUUCCAAGGGUGAAAUCAAGAUAUAUGAGCUUGACUCCAAACAUAGAAACAAGCUGGUAAAGGUGCGAUUGCCCGAAGCUCUUGAAGAAAUGAUUAUUACUUCCGGUGUCAUAUUGAAGAGCAAUAUAUGCAAUGAGUUCAUGACUGAUCUGGACGACUUGGAAAAGGAAAGGGACCAGCUUUUAUUUACCUUUGUGGCAGCUGAUAACCAAAUCAUAUUUUUUCCACGAGAACAUCAUGAUCGCAUUUUUCAACUAAACGGUGUGGAUAAUCUUGGCGAUAUGCUAUUCAUCACUACAUAUCAGUUACCAGAGGAAAUUAUUCCAGAUCCUUCCAUCAAGCAAGUCAUGAUAAACAGACUAGGUAAAGAAAACAAAGAAGAAUACCUGACUAUUUUAACUUUCGGUGGUGAAGUCUACAUGUACAAGAAAAUAGGAAACAAGUUUUUCAAAGCGAUGAAUUGUAAUGAUCUUCAAAUUACUGGAGCUCCGGGGAACGCUUACGCAAAAGGCGUUAGUUCAAUCGAGAGGAUAGCGCACUAUGUCAAAUACUACAAUGGUCACUCAAUUAUUUUGAUUACUGGAAGCGUACCAUAUAUGAUUAUCAAGGAAGAUUGUUCCAGUCCCAAAAUAUUCAAGUUUGCAAAUAUUCCACUUGUAUCGCUCACACCGUGGGGUAGAGAAUCAGUAUUGUGUGUGGAUGAUAUCAAGAAUGCAAGGAUUGUAACGCUAGAUACAUCUUUUUCUUACAGCAACCGGUUGCCUGUCAAAAGGAUUGAUGUUGAGGACGCAUUGAAUAGUUACGGGAAUUUGAACAAUGUUGCCUAUCAUGAGAGGACUGGUAUGUAUAUCGUGUCGUACAACAGAAAAAUUGAGUACGAAGCAAUAAGUGAAGAUGGCCAAAAAAUGGUGGGAUACGAUGAUGCUGUUACUCAUGCCCAGGGCUUUCAAUCUGGGGUUCUACUGCUCAAUCCCAAAACGUGGCACAUAAUCGAUGUUGUUGAUUUCGAAAAGAACUCACUUAUAAACGACAUGAAAACGAUGUUGAUCCAAACUAACUCAAGAACGAGGCGAAAGAGAGAGUACCUAGUUGUGGGUAACACUUUUGUAAGAGAUGAAGACUUCGGCACCAUGGGCUCCUUCUAUCUUUAUGACAUAACGGAGGUCGUCCCAGAGCCAGGCAAACCGGAUACAAACUACAAAUUGAAAGAGAUCUUCCAUGAAGAGUUUAGAGGAGCGGUAUCUAGUGUUUGUGAGGUUAGUGGAAGAUUCUUAAUCAGUCAAGGUCAAAAAGUCUUAGUUCGUGAUGUCCAAGAAGACAACUCUGUUGUACCCGUAGCCUUCUUGGAUGUGCCCGUUUUCGUUACAGACUCUAAAAGUUACGGUAACCUCCUGCUCAUUGGCGACGCUACGCAAGAAUUUCAAUUCGUUGGAUUUGACGCAGAGCCAUAUCGUAUGAUUCCCCUUGGCAAAAGUGUUUCGAGGUUGGAAGUCAUGAGUUUAGAGUUUCUGGUGAAUAAUGGUGAAGUUAAUUUUCUAGUUUCUGACAGAAAUAAUAUCUUACAUGUCUUGAAAUUUGCACCAGAUGAGCCUAAUUCCUUGUCAGGCCAAAAACUGGUGCAUUGCACGAGCUUCAAUUUGCACAGUACCAACACUUGCAUGAAGCUUAUGCAAAAAAAUAGCGAAUUUCCGUCCAACUUUGCCGCCCCAGAUUUUCAAGUCAUUGGUGGGCAAACUGACGGCUCCAUAUUUAAAGUGCUGCCUUUGAGUGAGAGCGCAUACAGAAGACUGUACGUGAUUCAACAACACCUUGUUGAGAAAGAGGUGCAAGUUUGUGGCUUGAACCCAAAGAUGGAACGCUUGCAAAACACGUUUUACUCUCUGGGCCAUGCCAUGAGGCCAAUGUUAGACUUCACGGUAAUAAAGGGUUUCAGCUCGCUACCUAUAAAUAAAAGGAAGCAAGUUGCUGCUAAAGCAGGUCGGCAAGCAGGCUUCGAGAUAUGGAGAGAUCUGAUCGAUGUCGAAUAUUCGACUCGAUCGCUAUGCCACUAA